AUGGCUCCCAAGCGUGCAAACCAACAAGGCGCCAUCAGCCAGGUCUACACUAGCCUCGCCUCGCCCGACAACCGCUCCGUCGUCACCGCCGUCGCCUUCUUCGCCGCCGGUGUCGCAUUCCUGCACAGCAGCUGGAGCGAGAUGCUGCUUCCUCCGUAA